AGCAGUGUAACUAUUGUAUCUUAAAUUCCUAUGCAGAGAUUGGACAACAGCUCAGCAAUGUGUGAAAUUCCUUCUUCCCAUUUUUGUUGAGGGAGGAAGAAAGAUAAUGGGACUCAGAAGCAAAGAAUUCAGAUGCAAAUAACUAUAUAAACGAUUAGCUUGUAAAAAUGAAAGGAGCAGUUUCUACCUUAAAUAUUAUAUUCCUUCGAAGCUAUAGUAAAACAAGUCCUAGUCAUCAUAAGAAGACAAUGCAGCAGCUCUUCCUUUCUCUGCUUGCCUCCAUGAAAUAUUGCAAGUAUAAAAAAUAAUUUUCUCAGUUACAAAAAUGAACACCUGUAAAAAUGGCUGAUUAUAUGUGUAAUGAAUGUUUUCCAAUACAUCUUUGAUUUUCCCAUCUCUAAGUAUUUGCAUUUUUUGGAGAAGACACCACAGAGGGGUUCCAAGGACAAACAGAUUAGGCUACAGAAAGUCAACAAUGACCUAGGAUGUAGAUGUCAAAAAUAUGUGCCAGAAAGAUGUGGUAGUCACCGAAGGCCCUGAGAAAUCAAAUGAGUUGAGCCAGAUGAGAGGAAUAGUGAAAGAUAGGGCAUGAAUGUGACCUAGGAGGACUCCUGGAAGCUAAGAACAAGCCAGAAUCUAGGGCUAGCAGAUGAGGAUUGGACAAACAAGGUGUGCUGUUAACUUGUCUACAUGUACACAUUGCAAUAUUGGGUGGAUGGGAAUAUUUCUUGUGUGAGGAAGCAGCAGAGCUCAUUGGGCCCUGAGAGGUGACCCUGCCUCCUUCACAACGGAAUAGAACAUGGAACCCUGAUAGCAGGCCACGGUAACUCACAGUUGGCUCAAGCCAGCUCACUUGGCCUGUGACUCCGGAGCCAGAAACAUGUUCUUGUGCUGUAUUCGCAGGUCUCGAGACUCUGGUCUCAGCCAAGAGAAGUAUGGGUGCCUCAGUCAAAGCUGUAGACACUGGAUCAGUGGCAAGCCACGAAGCAACCAUCUCAGAGAUUUGUCCAAAAAGAAACCUAGGAAAUCACAAGGCAACUCAGGCAAGUGUGCUAAUACGUCAGCCCUGACCCUGAAUGUGCCAUGCGAUAUAUGGAGCCCGGAGGCAAGCCUGCUGGACAUGUUGGUGAUGAACCUGGUCCCAGCCUACCAGAAAGGCGAUCUCUUCUAUGUUGGAAACUUCCUCCACAAUUAUAGACAGUGGGCAACAAUGGAGCAAGUGCUGGAUAUUGUGUUCAAAAAGUACAGAUUCCCGGGCCGUAACUCUGAGGAAGAUGAACAAAUAAAGAACACCCUUUGUUCCAUCUUCACCAUGUGGAUGGACUGCUAUCCUGCAGAUUUCCGAGAGCCCCAGAACCGACACCCGGUGAAAGAACUUACCCACUAUGCCAUGCUCCACAUGCCCUCCUCAGAUCUGGUCCUCAAUCUCCACGUUCAUCUGGAUGAGCUGGAGGAGAGCGGGAAGAAUGAGACCAGGAAACAGAGGAAGAAGUCCCUGUGUGGUCACCUCAGAGCUUGCUUUGGCCGCCAUAGAGCAGCUUCUCCUGACCUCCCAAGGAAAAAGCCCUCGGUGAUGUCAAGGAUGUUGAUGGAUGGGGAUCUGGAGCCAUCACUGGACUACACAAUGCAUGUGCAUGUAGAGGGGUUGGAUGCAUUUGCAGUGAGGCCCCGAAAGGUUGUGAGUCCUGUGGAUAAGACAGUGGUUCUGAACCCCACAUGUAACAGAGCUGAACUUGUAGGGACCCCAAAGAAAGAAGAAGGUAAUAGUGAUUGUCUUCCUGUGACUUUCACAGGCAGCCCAGAUCAGCUCAAAAAGGGUCAAAUCAGCACUCCUCCUGGCGUGCUGGAGGGAGUAGCACUCGUGGGGCUGAUGGAAAAUAUCCCCAUUCUGUGCUCAGGGGAACCAAUGAGUGAGGUCCCAACAUUAGAUGCAGCUCAGGAAAGUGAAUCUGUCCUCACUGAACAUCUGGACAAAUCUGUCCUGCUGCAGCAGAACCAAUCUCCAACUGAGAAAUUAGAAUCUGCCUCUCCAGCCUUUGCUGGAGCAAAUCCUAUCUUUCAUGAGGAGCUAGAUACUUUGGAGGAUUCUGAGGCAGAAUUUAUGUUUGAAGGCAACUUAGAAGCCGACCUAGCCUUAGAGCUUCCCUCCCCUCUCCCUGGGGAUAUCUCUCUUUUUCUUUUUGUCCUGAUUGUUGUAAAAUUUGCAUUCUUUUUAUUCUUCUAAAUUUAUUAAAGAUAUAUGUUUAUGUUGUAAAAUUUA